AUGUCAUUCGUCGUCUUGUCCGCAAUCAUUGCUGCAAAUUCACUGUUUUCGACCUACAUCAACUGUAGACAGUACCAAAAGCUCGGAGAAAAGAUGCCUGAGACUGCAAUUAAAAUAUACACACAGGAAACGUGGUCCAGAAGUGUUCAGUACAGUAAGGAAAAGCUUAUAUUCCAUACGCUUUCAGAAAUAGUGGAUUCAUGUAAGGACAUACUCCAUCUCUUAUAUCUCGAGCCCUGGCAUCUGUUCUUUGCAAGACGUUUUACAAAUCCGGCUGUUCCUUUCGUCUUUUCGUACUUGAUUACCAAUCAAAUAUUCAAGAUUCCGUUUUCAGCCUUCUCCGACUUCGUCAUUGAGAGGAGAUACGGAUUCAACAAGAAAACUUUAAAGGUAUUUGUUACGGAUAUUUUUAUUAUGUUUUUAUUAACAUUGUGCAUUGGGUGGCCUUUUCUUUUCACUUCUUUUCACAUUAUUUCGAAAUUCUCUAAUUUCGAAAUAUUCCUUGGCGGAUUUAUUGUUGUUUUCCAGCUGUUUAUGAUGUGGAUCUAUCCUGUUGUGAUAGCUCCACUUUAUAACAAGUUCACACCACUUGAAGACCAAUCUCUUAAGAAGAACGUUGAGGAGCUUGCUGCAAAGGUUGGGUUUAAAGUAGGCAAAAUUGAGGUUAUGGAUGGAUCAAAGCGAUCAGGCCAUUCAAAUGCAUACUUUGUAGGGUUUGGAAGAACAAAGAAAAUAGUGUUCUACAAUACAAUUCUUGAGCAACUGAAUGAGAGUGAGACUAUCGCGGUAUUAGCACAUGAGCUGGGUCAUUGGCACUACAGCCACAUAAUUCAGCUUCUGAUUGUUGGAUGGGCUGAGACAUUUGGAUACAUUUUUGCUUUUAAAAUGUUCGUAGCUGAAAAGAGCAGCCAGACCAUCGCCAUUUCUUUAUUGAAGUUCAUUUUUGCAGCGUCGUCUGUGUCUGUACCAUUGAUGCUACUUACUCACUCUAUUAAUAGGAUGUUUGAGAAGCAGGCAGAUCGAUUUGCAGUGGACCAAGGCUAUGGCAAUGAGCUAAAAGCAGCGCUACUCAAAUUGCAUACGGAGAACAUGGCCAUGCCGGUAGUCGAUUGGCUGUACUCGGCUGUUGGCUAUUCUCAUCCUCAUGUGUUUGAGAGACUUGAGUUUAUUGAUCAAGCGAUGAAGAAAAAAGAGUAA